AUGGGAAACUAUGUGUCCUCAAGCAUUACUACGUCAAGAGUGACAAAGUCAAGGGCGCAUAUGUUGCCAAGCUCGUGCGUGGUCAAGGCAAGGAGAUUGCUUGGACCUCCCUCAACAAACAGCAAGCUCGCCGUGGCUUCCAGUGGAGAAGAUGAACAGGAUGCAGGAUGGGACUUCAUCAUCAGCAACGGUGAGAGAGACAAGGAGAACUUGAAGCAGAUGCAAAUCUUGACCAUCUUGGAAGAUCUCUUGCCUCAUCUUCGUGGACAUUCCCUGUGGCUGCUCGGAGAGUCCGGUGUCGGCAAAACCCCUCUCGCUCGAAUUCUUUCCAUGAUGUUUUCGCGAUAUCAUGGAGGAAAUGGUCAGUUCAGGUCAGCCCCGGAGUUUGAUUUCUUUCGUGGCAUCUUCUUCGACAAGGCCACGCCUGCCAUUUUUGACGAUGGUGAAAUCGGUAAUGAGACCAUCAAAAAGAAAAAGGCGUUCUCAGAUGUGGGAGAUUCUGAGACCAUCCUGAAGGAAAGGUGGACGGCAGCGAAGUUCGUGAUGCAUCAGCUUCGCAUCGUCGUAGACAACCAGUACAACCCAGAGGGUCAAGAAGGCGAUGUUGAUGGUGUUUUCUCAGCAGAAGUCUCCCAUGAGUCUUUCAUGAAGCUGGUCCGUCCAGCCGUGGGCUACAUCGCCAAUGCCGAUGCUAUGGCAAUUCUGAAAAGGGCUGCCUUCAUCGUGUUUGCUGAGAAGUACAUCUAUUUCCGACCACCCACUGAGAAGCAUGUCAAG